GCUUGUGUAGCUAUUGCCCAAUGUAGAGAGCUCUGAGCUGCCUAUGACGACACUAAAGCAACCACCACCAAAUAUUCCUUUGACCCCUCUAUUUACCUUCUCCCAACAACAACCACUUCACUCAAUCAAUCCAUCAAACCCUAAUCAAUCAAUCAGUCCAACUCACCGCAAUCAUGUCCCGCAUCCCAACCUCCACCUCGGUCCUCGAGUCCGCCGUCAUCGAAGCCCCCUUCAGCGACGUCUGGCACCUGAUCAAGCUCCAGGACUUCUCCAAGUUCUACUCGGCCCUCUCCUCCAGCGAGUGGGUGAAGGGCGCGUCCCCUGACACCGACAUCGUCAAGUGGACCUUCAAGGACGGCACCGUCCUCGAGGUCAAGCAGGAGGAGCACUCGUCCAUCGACCACUACAUCACCUACAGCGUCAUCUCGUCGCAGCCCGCCCUCAGCUACACCUCCGUCGUCAGCACCGUCCGCGCCUACCCCGUCACCUCGGGCAAGUACGAGGGCGCUACUUUCGUCACCUGGAGCGGAAACUUCUCGAGCGACGCUGAUGCUGGUGUCAUUGAGGAUGCCAAGUUCAAGCGCCGUGAGGCUCUGGCUGACCUCGCUAAGGCUGUUGCUAAGAAGUAAAUGAUGGGAAUAUGGGAAGCAGGGAUUAAAAAGGAACGAAGGGUAUCAUAAGAAUAUCUAUGGAUGGGCGGAGCAGGGUUAUCACAUGUCGAUGUAACUAUUAGCCCGUUGUCACAAUCACGUCAAUUGUCAAGCUGUGCAUCAUAUGGAAUCACAAACCGAGACCUCAACUUGACCCUAAACUUAGGCUUAAGCAAGUUGAUGAUGAUGAUAUUCCAAGUCUUUAUAAAAAUCUUCAUUGUUGGUGUCAGUCUUGUAGAUGCUUGGACUCUUCAACUGGUAUCGGAUAAUGUUGGGCUGUUGAUUGAUCAAACUGCGUCGCAUCAGAUACAGGGUACUCAGUAGUGGUGCACCAGCGUUGUACGCAAGGUUGCGACAACCAACCACGGAAAUCUGCAUCGCAC